AUGACCAAUUCACUGCUGGAUGGGCUACUGAAUGUUCCGAAUAAUCCCAAGCAAUCACCUCGACCCAAGCUACUCCUUGGAUCCCAAAAUGAUGAGUCAAAAAAUAGCACUUCUUCCCUUCCUUCACCGCUGACUAAAGCAUCAAGUAAAAUGAAAAAGCACGGUAGUAAGCCACAUAUAAAGAGAUUAGCAUCAGGUGGUAAGUAUGUUUUUUCUGUAGAUGACGCUAUAAGUGAUGUUGAGUCUGGUGAAGAGGCAGAGCUCAAAAGGAAGGAACAAUAUUUAGAGGGAUAUAACGAUGCCUUAAAGGCAUUAACUCAAAAGAAAUCGAAGAGUAGUUCAAUUCUUCCAGCUAUAUAUUCUGAGGCAAUAGAGGAUGGCAAAGAUAAUAAUAAGCUUGAUUCUGGACAAGAUCUAUUAAAUAAAACAACAAGCAUUGAAACAAAUAUUUCUAAUAAUUUGCGUGUUACGGAAGAAGCUCUAGGGAGCUUGGAUGCAAUUGAAAGUAAUCCGACGAUACCUGAACAGGAUGAGGAAUAUGAAGACUAUAGAAACAAGGACAAUAAUGACUCCGGUUCAGUACGCUCUUCCCUGUCUAGUGAAACAAUUGAGUCUUUGAAUUUGCGAGAAAGGCAAGAUGCUAUUAAUUCAACACAUCCUUUUGGUAUAAAGAUUUGGAAACCAUCGCUUUAUAAGAAAAAAAGAUCCGUUGCAUCGAAGGCAGACGCAGAUAUUCAUGACUUUUACUCGCGUAGACCCACGGGUAUAUUUUGGACCACUUCUUUUUUUAAUGCUAUUUGGACCUUGACCGUUGGAGUUAUUCUUUGUACCUUUUGUACAUUAGGAGCUAUCUUUGUAUUUUUGUGCUCUGGUUUUGCUAUUAACAAGUAUCUGAGAGCCUACGUUAAACUCUUGUUAAAGCUUGGCUACUACUGGUUAUAUCCAUUUGGACGUUUCAUUCUUUUGAACAAAGAUUCUAACUACUUGGAAGAAGAUCAAUUAGAUGGUAGGUCAAUAUCAGAAUUUCAUAAAUGGAGAUCUCAAGAUGAAGGAAGGUUAUUUUUUGCCCCACCAAGGAGAUACACUAAUGCUGAUGAGUCAAGGCCGCUUCUUAAAGAUCACAAAGGUAGGCCACUUAGAGAAGCUUAUCCCUCAUUAGAUGAAUUUUGCACGGAUGAUGCUGAUUUCUCUAGUACAAAAUUUAGGUUAUUUGGCAGAGGAAGCUGGUCUUCAGGACGUUUCAUAUUUUAUAUUUACUUCUACGGAAUCUUGCAGCCUGUGAUUUAUAUCGUUGGAUUAAUUUGCUGGCUAAUAGUGUUUACUAUUCCAAUGGCUAAGAUUUCAAGCAUUUUAUGUGACCAUUUGAGACGUCAUCCAUUAGCAAUAGACUUUGAGUCAGAAAAAGAAUACUAUAAAGGAAACAGAAGAAGAAAACACCAACUGAUUCUUUUAUGUACUUACAGAUGUGUUGGGCUUCAUUACUAUAAGUAUACAAUUGAUGGAACUAACAUAUUUUUUAUCAACUUGUUAACUGCAGUUUUCUUUGUUAUUUUGGAUUAUUAUUUGUUGAAAGAAAAGCUUGAGUGGUCUACUUGGUUCACGGAUGCCUCCUUCUUAUUUUGUGCUUGUUUAUUUUCAAUCAUACCUUUAGCUUAUUUCAUAGGACAAGCAGUUGCGUCAAUUUCAGCGCAGUCAUCAAUGGGAGUUGGUGCCGUUAUUAAUGCAUUCUUUUCCACUGUUGUUGAAAUUUUUUUGUAUUGCGUGGCCUUAAAUCAAGGAAAGGGUAAAUUAGUAGAGGGCUCAAUGAUAGGAUCAAUUUUAGGAGGUGUGUUAUUACUUCCAGGACUUUCGAUGGUAGGGGGUGCUUACCGACGUAAGACUCAGCGAUACAAUCCAAGAUCAGCUGGCGUGUCAUCUACCAUGCUUCUAUUUGCAAUGGUAAUAAUGUUUGCUCCGUCAUUGUUCUAUCAAAUAUAUGGAUCAUAUGAAAUGAAAUGCAAGUCCUGCGAUUUUACGGUGGAUAAUGAUGACUGUACACAAUGUCGCUUUACUCAACCAAAAUUCACAUUGGAUGAACUAUAUUAUAAAAUUAUUAAGCCGUUUUCAAUUAUCGUUGCGAUUGCUUUAUUCCUAGCCUACAUUUGUGGCCUAUUUUUCACCUUAAGGACACAUGCAUCUUUGAUAUGGGCCACUGCGUCGCACGAGGGAGUGAAGAAAGAGGAACAGUUGCGCUCUCCAAGUAUCAUAAGUUUGGAUAAUCAGCAGCUCCAAAGAGAGGGUAAUUCAUUACUGACUUCAGUGCAGCCUGACAUCAGGGCAUCUUCCUCAAAGCUUGGUCAAACAACGCCUGGUAAUGAUACACCGAAGAUCCACUCAACCAAGGACAGAGCCCCUAUCACUAGACGCUCAAGCACUAUGGAUAAUGAAGACCAAGGAGGAGGGCAUGAUGCUCCUAACUGGUCGAGAAACAAGUCAAUUGUCAUUUUACUUGGUGCGACACUUUUGUACGCCAUAAUCGCAGAAAUUUUGGUUGACAACGUUGAUUCAGUUCUUUCAAUUUUUCCCAUUGAUCCAAAAUUUUUAGGUCUCACGGUAUUUGCAUUGGUCCCUAAUACAACUGAAUUCGUUAAUGCCAUUUCCUUCGCCAUAGGAGGGAAUGUUGCCUUGUCUAUGGAAAUUGGUAGUGCCUACGCAUUACAAGUCGUUUUAAUUCAAAUUCCAAGCUUGGUAGUUUACACCAUCUUUAAGGGAUAUACUAAAGUUGAUAAUAUGUUUGCCUUAGUUUUUCCCAGAUGGGAUAUCAUUGCAGCUUUAAUAUCUAUUUACUUAUUCACUUACAUCUAUGCGGAGGGAAAAUCUAAUUAUUUUAAGGGCGCGAUAUUGAUCUUGAUAUAUAUUGUUGUGUUAGUCGGUUUCUGGCUCAAUCACAAGAUUGAAUUUCUCGAUGAUGGUUAUGGCAGUGGCCCAUUGUUCUUUUCGAACCUUGUUUAA